ACGUGAUCCUGCCGUGUACCUGAACCUCGUUCUCGUCGCAGCUUUCGAGACUGAGCGGUACCACCUCGCACCUCAGUGCCUUCUGGACUUCUCCAAGCCUUCAUCUAUUGUCUUACGGUGCCCCUCGCCACCGUACUCUUCACCAUAGCCGAUUGGUAGUCGCUCGCGCCAUUACCUGGCUACGAACGUCUACCGGGAUUGCCGCACCUGUCGGUGUUAAUUCAGACUUGGCCAUUGAUUUGAUCAAUGUCGACGUGCAGCCUCUGUAACAGUUUUUCGAUGCUCUAGCGUCGUCAGAGGUGUCUCCCACGGAUUGGAUCACUUGAUCAACCCUGCGACUAGCUUUAUUGGACGUUGUGGUAUCUGAAAAGGUGCGCUAUUGGCUACAGUGACAACACUUGUUGCUUGGCAGUCACCAUGGAUGGACAAUUUCCUCCACCAAUACCGCCAUAUGGUGCUUAUUAUCAGGCCGGACCCCCACCGUUGUAUCCUCCAGAACCGUUCCAGCCAGCUCUGCCACCCUUGAAAGGGUUUCCUAUGGAAGAUCUUGGCACGUAUCCCGAGAUUGCUGACCCCAGUCGCGCCGUGCUUCCAUCUGGGUCGGAGCAGCAACAGCAGCCAUUAGCCCAACGCCAACGCAGAAGACAGCCACAGGGUUCCGAGCAUGUAAAGCACAGGCGAACCAGGAGUGGUUGUUACACCUGCAGACAGCGCCGUGUGAAGUGUGACGAAGCACAUCCCAUAUGUGAGCGUUGUCGUAAGGGCAAACGGGAGUGCAGUUGGCCGGGUUCCGCGUCCUCUACCUCACCAUCGUCAGCCAAACCAACAGAGAGCGGAAGCAGAGACCGCGCGUCACAGGAGACUGGCUCAUCUGGUGACGAGGAAGGUGACGAAGAGGGCUCGGGGCUUCCUGCUAUUCCCGACGAUGAAUACGAAGACGAUGAUCAAAGCGAACCGCAAUCUGCAACGUCGGACGUGCGCAGGCCGUCAGACGCUGCUUUUGCUGGUCAGACCAUACCGUCUCCGAUUAUCGACCGAACCCAGCCUGAUCAACGCUCAUCGUCGCGGCCGCAAGUUGUGCGGACGUCGUCCAGACAUACGGUUGGGCAGGACAUAACGCAGAGCAGGAAAUGGAAGACACUCACCCCCGACGUGAGGUCAUUCCUGAAAUACCAUCGCGACUACCUGUCGUAUCAUCAUUAUGCCUUCAAGUACGACGCUGGAAGCUUUCUGAAAACCACGUUUCUCGAGAUCGCGAUGGAGGACGAAAGUGAAGCUCUGCUGUACGGCAUUGUUGCGUUCGCAGCCUACCACUACGCGUUCGCAAGACGACUGGACGGCAUCCGCAGGUUUCUGCAGUUCUACAAUCAAUCAAUCACGCUCUUACAGAAGUCUGUCGUGAAAAAGCGUCACAACGUUGCUACGCUUCUGACAAUCCUUCAACUGGCGGCAAUCGAGGAGUUUUUGGGCGAUUGGGUCAACCUGAUGGGCCACCAAAGAGCCGCAUACCAGUUGAUGACAGAGCUGUUCACGCCUCAGACCAUAAUGCAGGACGAGACGCGUCGUAGAAUCCUCAGCUGGUAUAUUCGGUUCGACCUCUUUGCAUCGUCGAUGUCUGGAGGCGAUCCGAUGCUUGGUCGGGAGUGGUUCGCUGUGCAUGCACAGCAUUAUAAGCGGCAAACACGGGAUCGUCCAAACGACUUGGGCGCAAGGUUGGAAGAUUUCUUCUCAACGUCUCGGUUGCUGGCGACCGAUCGGACGCUGUUGCUCGCCGCGAGGAAGCAGAACACGAUCGGGAACGAGCAGUUCUUGCGCGAAGCAACGAGCUUACUGACUCAGUCCGAACAAUUGAAAAACAAGCUCACUGCCACCUUCACCGACCCGUCCUAUUUCGUCCACACCUUCACAAAAGGCCCUCCGCCCGGCGAAGCUGCGCUCACUGAUUACCGGGACCCACAUUUCCUCUACAAGGGCGACCUUUUCCCGAUGAACUACGUCUUGAUCGACUUCUGGGCGGUAGAACUGAUGUUUAAGGCUCAGAUGGCAGCAGUGAUGCAACAGCUGCCUCCUCCAGAGGUUGCAGAGUUGGCCAUGAAGUCAUGCAAGAUGUUCGAAGCAAUCCAGUACACAGACGACGGUCCUCCAGGCGCCAUACUCGGCUGCCAGGCAAGCCUCGGCAUCUCUGCCAUGUUCCUGCCAAAGGAGAGGAAGUACGUUGACUGGUCCCGCCGGAAAUUCGCACUCAUUGAGCAGACAGGGUACAUCUGGCCGGCCAAACUCCGCGAACAUUUCAGUGGGAUAUGGAAUGAGGACGUCAAGCACUGGUGGCUGCCCAACCAAGAGGGCUAUCCAAAGCUUGUUCGAACGUUAAGGGAGUUCGUGAAAGUGAGAGAUGAAAUGCCGAGAGAUCCGACUGGUGAGAACAUCAAGGACAUGAGUGGAUUAUUCGCAACCAUGAACAUCUCCGACAGUCAAAGUCCACCAAACGAGUACUUGAAGGGUGGUAUGGAGACCGACCCGGUUGCUUUCGAUGCUGGACUUGACAUCUCGCUCGCAAUGGACGAUGAUAGUCCGAGGAAUUACUGGCAGUAGGCCGCACCCGUCUGUGCGUGAGAGUCUUGUUGUUAGCCUCGCCAUAGACGGAGCAUGCAUGUAGCCCGUCAGGCACUUGCAGCUCGUAAGCCUGUCUCAUUGCUCAACAUCGCAGGCGCUCCCAGUCCCAGCGCCUGCUGUUUGAUCGUGAUCUCCCACCCAUGUGCUCACUGUGCGACCACAAUCUUUCUUGACCAUCCGACGGCGGUGACCACGAAAGCACGAUAUCACCUUGCUGACAAACUCUGCUGACCCGGCAACCAACCCCAUACUGCAACCCUCUUCGACCCUUCAUCUCUACUGCCUACAUGUGGCAACCGCGCCUUGCAAAAAUGUCUCCGGUCCCGACGGCACGUUGCAAUGACCUGCCUCUGGAGAAGCGCCCCGGUGAAAGCGCGCAUCUCAUAGGUCGCCGCUCAGUGUAAAUGCAUCUUACAUCAUGAUCCAC